AUGGCCGACAACAAGCCCCAAGCUCCUCUCGCUGCGGAGACGCAGCCUGCUGCCGAAACGGCCCCAUCCACGACUGCCGAGGCGCCAGCUGCGCCAGUUCCACUGUGGGCGGCUGCCAAAGCCCACUCGCACCCCGAGAUCUGGGGUGUCACCCUUGCCGAUCCCGAGAGCCACGUCCCCUCGCAGAUCGUCUUCCAGAAGUACCUGAACGCCAAUGACGGCGACGUCCCCAAGGCCGUUGACCAGCUCACCAAGACCUUGACAUGGCGAGCACAGGCGAAGCCCCUCGAGCUCGUCACCAAGGCCUUCUCCAAGGACAAGUUUGCUGGUCUCGGCUACGUCACCUCGUACGGUGAUGAUGCCGCCGACCAGCAGAAGCGUGAGGUGUUCACGUGGAACAUUUACGGUGCUGCUGCCAAGCGCAUGUCCGAGACGUUUGGCAACCUCGACGAGUUCAUCGAGUGGCGCGUCGCCCUGCAGGAGCUCGGCAUCCAGACGCUGAACAUUGGUGCCGCCACCAAACCCAUCACCGCGACCGAGGAUCCCUACAAGAUCUACCAGGUCCACGACUACCAGUCCAUCUCCUUCCUCCGCCAGUCCGCCGAGGUCAAGGCGGCGAGCACCAAGACCAUCGCCGUGCUUGCCCAGAACUACCCCGAGCUGCUCAAGGAGAAGUUCUUCGUCAACGUGCCUGCCAUCAUGGGCUUCAUGUACGCCUUUAUGAAGCUCUUCGUCGCCACCAAGACGGCCAAGAAGUUCCACCCCAUGACCUACGGUUCUGGUCUCGCCAACGAGUUCGCCGACGCCAGCGUCGACGGUCUCGGCGAGAAGCUGCCGCAGGCCUACGGCGGCAACGGUGGUGACCUGGCCACCGAGGGCAAGACCACCGAGCUUGCCUGA